CCGGUACCGGCACCGCACCCGCAGCGCCAGCGAGGCGAGCCCUGGCGGCCCCCGCGGGCGGCGGCGAUGGCGGGCAGGGGCCGGGGGCAGCAGGGCGCGCCGGCGGGGGGCCGCGGCCGCUGAGAGAGCAGGUUUUCAUUCCCUGUACACUUCUGGAAGGAGCUCACUAUGACAGGGCAGAGUCUGAAGGCUUUAUCUGAAGCGAAUUUUGAAGACAAUGAGAUCAGCAUCAACGUUGGAGGCUUUAAGAAAAAGAUGAGAUCCAACACAUUAUUAAGGUUCCCCGAGACCAGGCUGGGCAAACUGCUGAGCUGCCACUCAAAGGAGUCAAUCCUGGAGCUCUGUGAUGACUAUGAUGACACCAAGAAUGAAUUCUAUUUUGACAGGAACCCCGAGCUCUUUCCUUACGUGCUACAUUUUUAUAACACCGGCAAGCUCCAUGUGAUGGGUGAACUCUGUGUGUUUUCUUUCAGCCAGGAGAUUGAAUACUGGGGAAUCAAUGAAUUCUUUAUAGACUCCUGCUGCAGUUACAGCUACCAUGGGAGGAAAAUGGAGCCAGACCAAGAGAAAUGGGAGGAACAAAGUGACCAGGAAAGCACCACGUCGUCUUUUGAUGAGAUUUUGGCAUUCUACAAUGAUGCCUCUAAAUUUGAUAAACAACCAUUUGGAAACAUCAGAAGGCAGCUCUGGCUUGCUUUGGAUAAUCCUGGGUACUCAGUCUUAAGCCGUAUCUUCAGUGUCCUUUCCAUAGUGGUGGUGCUGGGCUCCAUCGUGACCAUGUGCCUGAACAGCCUCCCAGACUUUCAGAUAGUUGACAGCAACGGGAACCCUGAGGAAGACCCUCGCUUUGAAAUCGUGGAACAUUUUGGUAUUGCAUGGUUCACUUUCGAACUGGUGGCGAGAUUUGCAGUAGCUCCUGACUUUUUAAAGUUUUUCAAGCAUGCCCUGAAUUUGAUUGACCUAAUGUCUAUCCUUCCAUUUUAUAUCACUUUAAUUGUCAACUUGGUGGUGGAAAGUAGUCCAACUUUAGCAAAUUUAGGCAGGGUUGCACAAGUCCUGAGACUCAUGAGGAUCUUCCGCAUCUUAAAGCUUGCUAGACAUUCCACAGGUCUCAGGUCCCUUGGGGCCACCCUGAAGUAUAGCUACAGAGAGGUGGGGCUUCUUCUACUUUACCUCUCUGUCGGCAUCUCCAUUUUCUCAGUAGUGGCUUACACCAUUGAGAAAGAAGAGAAUGAGGGGUUAGCCACCAUCCCUGCUUGUUGGUGGUGGGCUACUGUAAGCAUGACCACAGUUGGCUACGGGGAUGUUGUGCCAGGGACCACUGCUGGCAAGUUGACAGCAUCUGCAUGCAUCCUAGCUGGUAUCCUAGUGGUAGUGCUUCCCAUUACACUGAUCUUCAAUAAAUUCUCCCACUUUUAUAGGCGUCAGAAGCAGUUAGAGAGUGCCAUGAGAAGCUGUGAUUUUGGUGAUGGCAUGAAAGAAGUUCCAUCAGUCAAUUUGAGGGACUACUAUGCUUAUAAAGUUAAAUCCCUUAUGGCCAGUCUUACCAAUAUGAGCAGGAGUACCCCCAGUGAGCUGAGCCUGAAUGAUUCACUGCAUUAGUGUACAAGUUUGACAGCAGUUUGCAUGAGAGCUAUCAAGAGCUAUGUUUGUAAAUGUUUUCCUAUUUGUCUUUUUUUUUUUUUUCCUAGAGGAUAGUGUUUCUGACACUGCACUAACUUUGCACUUGAGAGACUAAAGACAUUUCUAUUACAAAUUGACAUUUUGCACAUUUUCAUCCUGUUGCAUUGGUACUAAAUGCUGACUUUUCCAUACAAAUGUUACCACUUCCAUGACAUUAGUGCUGGUGGUAUAGUGAUGAUCUGUCGGUUUGUGCAUUUCCUCAUCUGAGCACAGAAAUGAACGUACUGAAGUGGAAUAAAGAUUCUUAGUUGUGACUCGAGUAAUGAAAACAUCACCCCUCACCUAUACUGGUAUCUGUACCAGUGUAGGACUUCCAUGUGUUUUAUAACAGUUUGAAACAAUCACCUGUGAAUUACUGAUACAGGAACACUCUUCCACAUCUUUCUGACUGGUAAUUCUGAUUGUCACAUAUCUGAAAACACCUCUGAGCUUCACCUUCCGGUGGAAGUUUGCUUACCCUUGAGCAUGUGUGUUAAAAACUGGGUGUUCUUGUUCUGAAAUAUUUUGUAUGGUAACAUUUUUCAGAAGCUCCUAAGCAAAGACCUACCUCUGCUUCCAAGAUUAGGUCAGUAAUGAGCCCUCUGAAGAAGCCCACCCUUCAUUUUCAGAUACCUACGUGUUGAAAGACUACAUUUCCACAAGUGACUCUAGGUAUGGAGGCCAAUCAUGACAUCUCAGGUUCCCAUUUCCGGAAGUGAUCUGCACACAGCUUGGUUCCAGUGAAGCUGAAGAUACGCUGUAUUUCAGUCUGUCAAAAUGGUUCUGAGAUUAGACACACAAAACCGUGGGUUUUCAACAAUUAGAAGCUCCAAUUAAAAUCUUGGAUUUGUUUAAUGAGGCGAAAUAUUCCCACAUGAACAGUAAGGCAGCAUUUUAGGAACUGACAUUCAUAUACUGCAAAAAGACUAAUUAUAAAGAUGCCAUAUGUGAUGUUGAGCUAUAAAAUCUAAUUUUAUCAGGAAAGCUUGAAAGCAGGUGUUGAUAGCAGACAACUCCAUUAAGCUCUCUGCCAAGGAAACUCUUAAGGAAAAAAAACCCAACCCUGUAAGUCACAUUUUCCCUCAGAAAGGAAUUCACAACUUACAGCUAAGGAAGAGUACAAGGGCUUAAGAAAGGAACAGAUAAAGAAAAAGAGCUCAAUGCUGCACUCACUGUGGGCAGAUCCUCCUACCUGCUUCUGUGACGCAGACAAUUUAAAUCCUUUCAAGGGCUGGCCUGUACUUUUUUCUUUAUAUAAAAAAAAAAAAAAGACAUGAGAGAGCAGAUGAUCUGGGCUUCCAAGAGUAAUCAUGAAUCUGCAUAAACUUCUUUUCUGAGUGCUCAGUCUUUUCCCUUAUGCAAUUGUACAGAGAUCAAACACUUGUGGCCGACAGGCAGAAACCACUGCUUCCCUCUCUUUAUACUUCUAGGCAUCUGUGAUAUAAAACAAACUACUGUCACCCUGGGGGCAGAACAGGAUUUCUCUUCAGAUCCUGCUGCUUUUUCACUCCAUUUAUUACAUAGAAUAUUCCAAUUAAUUAUUUUUAAUCUUUUUUUCCAGUUUUCCUUGUGAAGACUAGAGAGCUUUAGAAAAGAAAUUCACACUGGUUGAAGAGAAAUUAAAGUACUAAAGCUAAAA